AUGUGGCGCUACCACAAGAUCAAGGAGCUCCUUGGCCGCAUGGACAAGCGUUGCAUCAACAUCACGGAGCGCCUGGAGGUGCAUCGCUGGGUGGCACGAUGCAACAUUGCAUAUCUCAUCUACCAGUUUAUGUACACCGCAUACACGCUAUCGACUUUUUUCACGGCAAUCUUUUCGGGAGUCGUGCCAUUUCACCUCUACAAUCCAUUCAUUGAUUGGCGCGAGAGCACACUGAAUCUUUGGAUAGCUUCAGUGAUGGAAUUAAUACCCAUGAACGGCAUAACGUUUCCCUUCUACUUCACCUGUGACCUCUUGAAGGAUGACUGUGAGUCCUUGGCCUUGGCCAUAUUUCACUCCCACUGGAGGAGCUCAAGUCGCAGAUAUAAGUCUUCGUUAAUUUACUUCCUGCACAAUGCCCAGAUGCCAAUCUCUUUCACCGCCGGAUCUAUAUUCUCCAUUAGCUUGAACACUAACAUCACCGUUGCCAAGCUGGCCUUUUCGGUGGUUACAUUUGUGUAG